AAGUUAAAAUGGGAUUAUGUCAUGUUAUGAAAUGACCUGAUGGAUCAUGGAGUAUGAUUCAGAAGGGUAUAGACCAACGAAUGAUGAGAUGGAAACUCGGGAUGGAGGGGGUGUCUUUUUUUUCUGGGUUGGGUUCAUGAUGAUGGAGGAAAACAAGAGCGCAUAUUUCAUUUUGGUGCUUAACACAUUUGCUUUGAGAUGAUGGACAUCAUCGACAGCGGGCAUGGAUGAUGUAGUGUAUAUACAGAGAUCAGAACUACGAAUAUGAUCGCUGAAAA